AUGGGCUUCCACGCCCCAGCGCACCCGGCGCGGCCCUGGAGCCGGCGCCCGCUCUGCGCGGGGCAAUCAGCGCAAGGCCCGGCGGCGGCGCUGGGCUGGGCGGACGCCGAAGGUCCCACUCCUCUGAUGCGGCUCGAGGGCAUGCCCAGCGAGGAGUUCUUUCUGACGCGGGCGCAGCUUUACAGGCGGUGCGCGGUGGUGUGA